AUGUCAAAAAGAGCUGCUGAUACCCCAAUGGGUAACAGUGAGAAAAAGAAAAGGAAGCAUCUGACAUUAUCAGUAAUGCAGAAAGUAGAGUUACUGCAGAAGCUUGAUCGUGGUGUGUCAGUACGGCAUCUUAAUGAAGAAUAUGGUAUUGGAACUACCACUGUUUAUGAUUUAAAGAAACAGAAAGACAAGUUACUGAAGUAUUAUAAUGACAAUGAUGACCAAAAUCUAAUGAAAAAUAGGAAAACCCUGCAUAGGUGGCAGAGUGAAGGGGGUGCUGGGGCGGGCAAGAAUGCAGCAGAAUGUGGCAGUGAAAGUCAGGCAAGUGCCAGUAUAGGCACUGGCCCAUCUGUUGCAAGUAGCGUGGUAAGUCGCUUGGCUCAGAGCUUAGUUCGAAAAGUAUCUGCACCUCUCUGGGCUGAAGCCAAACGAAGUGCGACUAAACGACUUGUGUUUGGAGAGAGUGCCCCGUAUUUUGCACUGGUAGGGGUGACUCUGGUGUCUGGAUCACAGCUGGGACUAGUUACUAAGGAAGACGAGUUAGAAAAUCUCUGCUGUAAUAUCAGGGAGGCCAUCUCUCGAGCAGGAUGGCUACAUAAUCCCGAGUACUGGCAGCAUCAGAAAGAUUUGAAAGAUGGCCAGGAGGAAUCAUUUGAUGUGUUGGAAACUGAACAUACCUUCACAUUAAAUGACUUUGUGCUAGGGCCAGCCAUUGAUAAGGGUUGCAGUGCUGUUGUUUAUGCAGCCAGAUGGAAUGCAGUUGACAAAGAAGAGAGUUUAAAUAUACCAGAAUAUCCCCUGGCAGUGAAGAUGAUGUUCAACUAUGAAGCUGAAUCCAAUGCUCCAGCUAUUCUCAGAGCUAUGUAUAAGGAAAUGAUUCCAGCAAGAAGUUUACAGUUGGAUGGAGAACAAUUAGAGUGGCAGGAACGGUUUUGCAGUAAACAUAUGAAUUUACCUCCCCACCCAAAUAUUGUAGAGAUGCCGUGUGUGUUUGUUGACAGUAUUCCUUUCCUAAAAGACUCUAUGCAACUGUAUCCAGAUGCUCUUCCAACACGAAUUAACCCGAGUGGAUACGGCAGGAACAUGAGUCUUUUUUGUGUUAUGAAAAGGUGAGAUGUUUUCCUUACAUCAGAAUAAUAAGG